ACGAUGAAGUCUCAUUUGCUUUUCAUUUCAUUUUUCUGCUUCGUUUUGGGUACCAAAGUCAAGAAAGAGGAAGAAAUUAUCUAUGCCACAUCUAUUGUGGCUCUUGGCGAAUUAAGGGAAGUUGAGAACAACUAUUUCAAUCACUUGAUUGAUUAUGUCAAAUUAUUGCAAGAGCAGGUGAAUUCAAUAAAUAAGUACCUACACACGAUUGAACAAAAUGGAGUGGAACAUCGUCUUCAGUAUGUGGAAAAUCCUUUGAUUUUUCUUCGCUUGGUGUCAAAGGGUUUGCGAUAUAUCAAAGAGCAGAAAAAUUUAAAAACAUUACUAGAAGAUAUGGACCAAGUAGUUGCUCAAGUACCCACCAAAACAGACAUGGAUGAAGCACUCAUGGGUAUGGAGCGUAUUGAACGUUUUUAUGAUCUAAAAGCCGUUGAUAUAGCCAAAGGAUUUGUAGGAAUCAAGCAAUUUAACAACAAAAUGUCUGCGCCAGAAUGUCUUAUGUUGGCUGAAUUUCUAUAUAACAAAACCGAAUAUUUUCGGGCUGCUCAAUGGUAUAAAUUGGCUUUGUUCUACGAGAAGCAACCUGAUCAUCCAGUUCAAAUCGAAUUUUAUGGUAUAAAUCGAACGGAAAUAAGUCGAAAGUUUCUUAAAAGUCGAAUAAAUGAGGCUAAGCAUCUAUAACCUUAA